UUCCCAGGUACAUGAAAUUAGUUUUAUCUCCACCUCCACCUAAUCUGAAGGUUAUGUGUUUUGGUAUCAUCAAAAUGUCUCUUUUAUGAGGAGAAAAUUGUUUUGCGCAGUUGCUUGCUUUCGUGUUGUGGAGAAAAUCUUAUCAUUAUUCUUGUGUAAUUUUACCUUGACAUAAUACCCAUUUGACUGACCCGUAAAUAUACAACCGGGCGUACGCCGUGUUUAAUCUAAACUCGUGAGUUUUGAAAAUUGCGCGUUCAGUGCGAUUUUAUGAUAAUGAAUCCCGCCCGUUUUCAUCUGGUUCCAAUUAAAUAAUCGAAAGCGAUUCUUCUCGCUGGAAUAUUUAAAACGCUACUUUAAUCCAACACCUCGUAUGUAACUGAAUCCAUAUCAACUAAAAUCGGAUGGUACCAUGAAUGUCGAAGUUCAAUAUGAUGAUAGUAAAAGUAAAGACGACUGUACCGAAAUGUGUAAUAAGACAGCCGACACCGAACCCUUGCAAAAGGAAGGCAAUGCAGAAAGCGAAGUUGAACCUAAGGAUAGUAGAAGACUGAUCACUCAAAUCCUCCUGACGGCAAUAGUAACGAUAGUAACAGCAAGUGCCGGGAUGCCAAUUGGUUACUCAGCAAUACUGUUGCCACAGCUUAAAUCAAUGAAUGGCAGUUUGCAAGUCGAUGAUGAAAUGGGAUCAUGGAUUGUCAGUGUACAUUCGGCAGCUUCGCCCAUCGGUGCGCUACUCAGUGGAACACUGAUGGACUACUUCGGUCGAAAAAUGACCUUACAAUUAUGCUGUAUACCUUUAAUAGCCGGAUGGAUUGUUAUUAUGUCUAGCCAUAACCAUGCACUAAUUCUGGUUGGGCGAAUUUUGGCCGGUACUGCUGUGGGAGUAGUCGCAGCACCUUGUCAGGUGUACAUUGCUGAAAUGUCGGAUCCUAACUUGAGAGGUAUGUUUUCUAGUAUACCCUUCGCGAGUUACUCGUUUGGAAUUCUACUUGUCUACAUGUUGGGAACAGCGGCUAAUUGGAGAAUGGUUGCCGGCAUUUGCAUGGUGCUCCCAGCGAUGUCGAUGAUAUUGUUUUGUUGUCUUCCCGAGAGUCCAGCGUGGCUUGUGAAAAAGGGGCGUAUAGAAAAAGCCACGAGAUCUUACCAUUGGGUGAAUGGCGGAAGUACAGCUAAAGUGAAGCGGGAAAUACAACAGCUGGUGACACGUGUCGAAAAUGAAGGUGCACAAAGUAAAGCCACUCAACGAUCACUUUGGAGAACCUUUCUAUCAUCAAAUGUUCUAAAGCCUUUUAUUAUAGUGAACAUUUUUGGUCUGUUUCAGUCGCUCACAGGAGUUUACGUGAUUGUCUUCUACGCCGUUGAGAUCAUAUCUACCAUGCAGAACAGUGGCUUAAAUGAAUUCCACGCGGCAACUUUAACGGCUGGUGUCAGAUUCAUUGCCGCGAUCGCGGCUAGUGUUUUAUUAGUACUCACUGGACGCAGAGCUAUCGCUUUAUUAUCGACUAUCGGAACGGCACUAUCGGCUCUCUGCCUAUCCAUAUUCCUACAGACCGACUUUUCCAACUCAACGUACCUAAUCCUUUCUCUCUUAAUAUUUUACGUUGCCGCAAACACCAUCGGUCUGAUGAUUCUACCAGGAGUACUUGUGGGUGAAUUGUUUCCCUUAAAAGUACGCGGUAUCGCGGGCAGCCUUUCUUUCACCAUCAUCAAUUUAACGAUGUUCUCGUUCGCCAAGAUAUUUCCAUUUAUGAAAUCUCUCAUAGGAAUCGGAAAUUGUUUUCUGUUUUUCGGAGUGACGUCUAUAGCGGGUAGUAUAUUUCUGUAUGCGACGUUGCCCGAAACAAAAAAUCAGACUUUGAAUGAUAUAGAAGAUUACUUUAUGCAAGAAAAUCUGUUGUGGAUUACACGAAAUAGAAGAAGACGGAAUGGCGCCAGCAAAACCCAGACGUCGAAAGUUUAAAAUUAAAUGUGAUAAUGUUAAUUUAUUUAAUUGUUGAAGAUUGUAUUUUUAUAAAACGUUUUUAAAAAA